GCGCCUGUCCCCAAGGUUUAUUAAGCUUCUGGCUUCACUCUCGACCUCAGCAGCCCUGGCUGGGAGCCUGGACAGCUCGGCAGGACAGUGUCUGGCUCCCUGGUCUCUGAAACCGUGCAGAGAAAGGUCCUCGGAGAUUCUGCCUCACGUGUUGGGGGGUCACCUUUAGUGGGGACCCCAGCCUGGUGAGCACGGCCACUCUUGGCCGUGGUUGGCUCUGCUGCUCCCUGACGGAGGAUCCACUGGACUCCUGCCUCCCAAGGCUGAAGAAUAAGCUCUGAAAGCCAUCUCACCCGCGCCUUGGCCGUGCUGUGUGACCUAGGGUCGGUGGCUGCCUCUCUCUGAGCCUCCCUUUCCUCUCCGAGCUCAGCAGUCACCAUGGCUGACGGUCAGAUGCCUUUCUCCUGCCACUACCCAAGCCGCCUGCGCCGAGACCCCUUCCGGGACUCGCCCCUCUCCUCCCGCCUGCUGGACGAUGGCUUUGGCAUGGACCCCUUCCCAGACGACUUGACCGCUUCUUGGCCCGACUGGGCUCUGCCGCGCCUCUCCUCUGCCUGGCCGGGGACCCUGAGGUCGGGCAUGGUGCCCCGAGGGCCCACGGCCGCGGCCAGGUUUGGGGUACCCGCCGAGGGCAGGGGCCCCCCACCCUUCCCCGGGGAGCCCUGGAAGGUUUGCGUCAAUGUGCACAGCUUCAAGCCCGAGGAGUUGACGGUGAAGACCAAGGAUGGGUACGUGGAGGUCUCAGGCAAACACGAGGAGAAGCAGCAGGAAGGAGGCAUCGUCUCCAAGAACUUCACCAAGAAGAUUCAGCUUCCUGCGGAGGUGGAUCCUGUGACCGUGUUUGCCUCGCUGUCCCCAGAGGGUCUGCUGAUCAUCGAGGCUCCCCAGGUGCCCCCUUACUCACCAUUUGGAGAGAGCAGCUUCAGCCAUGAGCUCCCUCAGGACAGCCCCGAAGUCACCUGCACCUGAGACCCCAGCCUCGGCCCACCCUUUGUUCCCUCCCCAGCCCCAGGGCUUCUCCGAUUCCAGGGUACAGGACUUUAGCUGAACUCAGAUUUAGUGCGACUCCAAGGCUGAGGGGGGAUGGGGAUGGGGAUGGGGAGAAGGACCACAGAGUCCCUGGAUGGUGUAGUACUAGGUUCCUCCACAGGGCGUCGUCGUGGGCAGACCCAUGCUUGGUUGCCUGAGGCCAAAGAGUCCUGGGAGGUUUUUUUCUUUUGUGACUUUUUUUUUUUUUUAAAUCUAUCUCCAUGUAAACACUGUACAUUCUCUAAUUGCAAAAUGAAUAAAUGGGGACUUGACAUUUCA